AAAUACUCCCAGUACGAAAUUAGGUGGCGAUGGUAAUGCUGGAUGGAUGGGGUCGUAUAGGUGUGGCUAUAAGCUACUAAGAGCAAGAGUGAGUGAAGAAGACACACUCAUUCUGAAAUGGGAGUGAGAAACUAUUUGCUUGAAUGUAUUCCAUUUGCAGCAAUGGUGAUUGUAGAGUUCCUUGCCGUUGGGUUAACCAUAUUGAGUAAAGUAGCCAUGUCUACUAAAGGAAUGAACCACUUUGUCUUUGUUCUCUACUCCAAUGCUCUUGCCACUUUUAUUCUCCUCCCUUCCUCUUUCCUCAUCAACAGCAGAUCAACAAGACAAUCUCUUUCUUUCUCCCUUCUUGGCAAAUUUUUCCUCCUAAGCCUUGUUGGCAUAACUAUCAUGCAGAAUUGUGUUUUCAUUGGCAUAAGCUACAGUUCUCCCACCCUUGGAUCUGCUAUGAGCAACUUGACUCCGGCAAUCACUUUUGUUCUUGCAGUCAUCUUCAGGAUGGAGAAGUUGGAUGUUGGAAGCUCGAUAAGCCAGAUCAAAAUAGUGGGGACAGUGUUGUCUAUCUCAGGAGCAUUACUAGUAACCCUUUACAAGGGUGCUCCCAUUGGCAGCUUUCAAACUGAACCCUCUACAUCGCAACCAUUACUGUCCCUAUUGGCAGAAACCAGUAACUGGGUCAUUGGGGGUCUCUUCCUGGCCACUUCCUCUUUAUCUUUUGCAGUAUGGAAUAUAGCUCAGGCAGCAAUUCUUAAAAGUUAUCCAUCUCAGUUGACCAUACUGGCAUUCUAUUGCCUGUUUGGAACGAUCCAAUGUGCAAUACUAUCUCUGGUUGCAGUCAAAGAUCCAAAUGCCUGGAAUCUAAGCACUGACAUUGAGCUUAUAUCUAUAAUCUAUUCAGCUACUUUCGGAAGUGUGGUGACAUUUUCGGUACUGACUUGGUGCAUAGAUAGGAAAGGACCUUUAUUUGUUACUAUGUUCAAGCCUGUUGGGAUUGCUAUUGCUGCCUUCAUGAGUGUUGCCUUCCUUGGUGAAACACUCCAUGCUGGCAGUGUCAUUGGUGCACUAGUAAUCGCCAUCGGAUUUUAUACAGUAUUGUGGGCCCAAUCCAAAGAGAGACAUGGGAAAGACCUUGAAUUUGAUGAAUUGUCACCAUCCUCGUCUGACCAAGCAAGUCCUCUACUAGAGUCUCCAUGAUAACAAACACAACUAUUGACUGGUAUCUACUAAUUCGUUUUUAUCAAUUCAUUCAAGUCAACAGGCAUCAGUUAUGAAAGCAUUUCUACUUUUCAGAAGUAUAGUUUGUUUUGUAUUACUCGCUCUGGGAAAAUUUAAAACGUAUUGCAUUGGUUAAAGUAAUGGAAAAUCUUUACAUUGAUCAA